UACCACCGGAGAUUCGCAUUGAUCUUUGGAAGAUGGCUGCUGGACCGAAGCUUAAGGAGCUUUUCGAGCUAAAGCCACUCGAUUCCGAAGACCUUUUGCCACCGGAAGGGACACAAGCCACGUUCAAGGUCAAGAUGGAUAGGUCUCGUACGAAUAUAGCGCAAACAUGCUACGAAUCUUGGGAGAUCCUCCACGGUCCUCCGAAAGUCUUCGACUGGCCUCUUACACCUAUGCGGACAUACAUGGACCCGGAACUCGACUAUCAGUGAAUCCAGAUUUCGACAACGGCUUUUUGUCUUCUAUAGACUCAGUAAGCAUCGUGAUGUCCAUGUUUCGAAUCCCAUCAUCGGCGAAUUAUUUGGUUCGUGAACGAUUAUCAGCAGAGGUGCCCUUCGUCAUCAGAAUCGAUGAUCACGCCCAACGAACCCAGAUGGGCACUAUAAUAGCUGAGUCUGUGGAACCGAAACUAGACACCUGGGACCCUAUGAUUUUGAUGAGCACAAUCUUCAGCACGACUAGGAACCAACAUAAUCUAAGGUACUCUUCGGGGGACUGCCUUAGAAGAAUUAUACGGCGAUUCGAAGUUAAAUUGGCUACAAGCAACGCUCGGGAUUACAGAAUGCCCCGCUUACACAUCGUGGCUCUGUUUC